AUGGCUCUUCCUCUUCGUCAGCAUUGCCUACUCCCCACAAAAUCCUAUCUUUCUCCCCAAAACACCCUUCCUCGUACACACUCUCCUCACCGGGGUUUUCUCAAGUUCUCCAACCGUCGACACAUUCAAACUUCGCCUCCAACGCAACUCACCAUAAAAUAUCAAAAUCCCAUUUCCCAAAACGCCUCUCUCUACUCACCUUCACUCGUCAGAUGCAAAGACCAAGACGAGCAUCAGUCAACGCACGAUGAAAAGAUCCAAACUUUACAAGAAACCGAGUCACCGGAGAUUACCAACGAACCCAAAAAAGGAAAGAGUUUUUGGGCUGCAGUUAGUUUAAUCAUCGGAACCGCCGUUGGUCCGGGAAUGCUCGGCCUCCCAGCUGCAACCAUCAGAUCCGGCUCCAUCCCAUCCACCAUAGCUUUACUCUGUUCUUGGGUUUACGUCAUCUCCUCUAUCCUCCUCGUCGCUGAGCUCAGCUUUGCAGCUAUGAGAGAAGACAAUGCAUCAGAGGUUAGCUUCACAAGCCUCGCAACGAAGUCGUUUGGAGAUAAAUUUGGAGUCUUUGUGGCUUUUGUCUAUGCUUCAUUGAGUUUCGCCUUGAUGGUUGCUUGUGUCUCUGGUAUUGGCUCCAUUGUGUCUCAAUGGUUUCCAACGAUGAAUCCUUUAUUGGCCAAUGCUGUGUUUCCUUUGGUUUCUGGAGUUUUGAUUGGUUUUUUCCCUUUUGAGGUUAUUGAUGUCACCAACAGGUGUCUCUGCUUCCUCAUGCUGUUCUCUAUAACUUCACUUGUUGGUAUAGGUUUGUCUGUUGCUAGGUCCAAUGUGUUGGCUUCGUUUGGUCAGUGUUGUUGGAGAGUGUCGGCGGUUUUGCCUGCGGUUCCUGUUAUGGUACUGACGCUGGGGUUUCAUGUCAUCACUCCUUUUAUAUGCAAUCUCGCUGGGGACUCGGUUUCUGAUGCUAGGAGAGCGAUUCUUGUGGGUGGUGUUGUGCCGUUUGUUAUGGUGUUGUCGUGGAAUCUCAUUGUUUUGGGGCUUGCGAGGAUUAAUGUCCCUGUGGCUUCUUCGGCUAUUGACCCUAUCUCUCUUCUUCUGUCUGUGAACCCUUCUGCUUUGUCUGCUGUUCAAGGCUUUGCUUUCUCAGCGUUAGCUACUAGUUUGAUUGGAUAUGCUGUUAGCUUCCCGAAACAACUCCUUGAUACAUGGAAGCUUGUGUCUAAACAAUCAAAAGAGGGUCAUAAGAAAACUGAUGGGAGAGUUUUAUACAGUGAACCACCGAGAGGUCGUGAUGGAUUUGAAGCAGUAGUGAUGCUGUUUGUGCUUGGAGUUCCAGCUCUAAUUGCAACAUACUUUCCUUCAACGUUUUCGAGAGCUUUGGAUUUUGCAGGUGUUUAUGCAAAUUGUUUCCUCUUUGGUGUACUGCCUCCUGCAAUGGCCUAUAUUCAACAGUCUAGAAAGAAGCUCAGGUUAUGGGUUCUUCCCGGAGGCAACUUUACUUUGUUGAUCUUAUUUGUAGUGGCUGUUAUACUUGGAAUAUGGCAUUAG